AACUUUUCAUGCUGUGACAACUCAUCUGCUUUUUCCUUUCAUGCUGGGCAUGAUGUUGGUUUAGUUGUUAAACCUUCUUUAUUCGCUUGCUGGUCAAGACAGACGAUCCCCUAUCUCAUUAUCUCCUCUUUUAACGCCAUCGUUAUCAAGGGUCCCCAGUCUCAAAAGUAGCGGUCUCUUUCAUCCGAUCUUCCUACCCUUUAUUUCUUUCUUUAAGAAGACGAGAUAUCCUGCUUCAAUCCGGAUAUUGAAUAGAAUAGUGCAUUUCGUCCUGACCUUUCAUCACCCAAACAAUGAACGAUAACUUGACCCCCCAUUGCGCGGACCUAGCAUCCGCUAGUUCUUGGAACUUCGCGUUGUCCAUUUUGAUCCUCAUCGGAAUCCUUAUUUCCUACCUCCCUCAGCAUCUCCGCAUAAUCUCCCUGAAGAGUUCCUUCGGUAUCUCUCCUUACUUCGUCCUGCUGGGCACGACGUCUACAUCGUCAUCUUUGGCAAACAUCCUUGUGCUCCCACGAAGCAUCCAGGAUGCGUCAUGCUGUAGGGAGGUUGAUGGAUUGAGCUGCUUUUCGGCGCUGCUGGGCAUCCUCCAGGUUGGGGUUCAGUGGCUCUGUUUCUUUACCAUUCUCUUCCUCUUCGUCAUCUACUUCCCACGGGCCACAUCUACAACGACCCCAGACACCUCCGAAACUUCCUCCAAAGAAGGUGAUGGUCCAACAUACCGCACCGCCCUAGCCGUAGCAGGCCUCUCCAUAGUCCACAUCGUCGUCCUCUUCAUAAUCUCCCUUGUCUUCGAGCUCAGAAACCGCUCGUCACUCCAAGCAUGGGCCAAUUUCCUAGGUAUCCUCGCCGCAGUCCUCUCCUCGAUCCAAUACUUCCCGCAGAUCCACACGACCCUCAAGCUCCGGUGCGUGGGCAGUCUAAGUAUACCGAUGAUGUGCAUUCAAACGCCCGGGAGCUUGGUUUUCGCGGGUAGUCUGGCAGCGCGACUGGGAUCGGAGGGGUGGAGUACCUGGGGGGUGUUUGUUGUGACGGCGUUCCUGCAGGGGACGUUGCUUUUCCUGGCUAUAUACUUUGAGUAUUUUGGUCCGGAGAAGAAGGAGGGUCAGACCCAUAGUGCAGAUGUUGUUCCGAAUGGGUCUGUGGAGGAUCGCGAGGAUCACCAGACUGAUGAUCAGCCAUCUGAGGACACUCCUCUUUUGCAGAGGCAAUUAUGAGUUGGUUCAACCUAAAAUGGUUGAAGACUUUCUGCAGCGAGACAUUAAAAGCGAUAUACACUUUGUUUCAACCACAUGGACUUUGGUUUUGUAUGUACAUUUAAAAGACAGGUCUACGAACAUUCCCAUAUCAGACUGACGAUAAAAAGAUAAAAAGAUCUACUAUAAACGAAGCCAAUCUUGCGAAUAAUCAAUUGGUUUCUAAAAUGAGACUAUUGUUUCAUGCACGG